AUGAAAAGGCAUGCGAAAAAGAACAGAACUGGGAAGGAGAAGUUUCGACUUCGUCACCUGGAUACAUUUCCGGUUGGUCCGAAUGAAACAUGCACGCAGCAGGUAAUCAACCACUGGAUGGAUCAAACAAAGUCACGUGCAUCAAUUGUUAGAACGCAUGGAAGGGUUUGUUUGAAAUUUGGUCCAGGAGGUGUAGCUUCCAGUAAGGCAUUUUGGUGGCCUGAUUUGCAUCAGAAAGUUCUACCCUACCAAAACUUGAACGACGCCUAUCUAUCAUCCAACAGAAGUUCAGUUGUUUUGUGCAUCGACAUUGUUUCAAAAGAACCUUAUCAAAGAAGAAUUCACGUGCUCAAGGCAAAAAACAACGAACAGUGCAAUCGCUUGGCAAAUCUGUUGUGGAAACUGAAAGCGGUCCCGACUGCAUUUGAUGAAAAGCCGGUUUCCAGACCCUGUGUCGAUGCGGAAUUGAGCUUGAAUGGAGUGGAUGCGUUGAAGGCCCAAACAACGAGUAUGGAGAGAAAUAUCGAGAAUCAAAGUGUGUAUUUGGAUGACGCACGAGGUGCCAAAACGAAAAUACCUACCAGAUCAUUUCUGGUUGCACAAGUGGGGGGAUUUGUUGUCGGUAAAUCUGAAUAUGUGGAUGAAAAUAGGAUUGAAAAUUAUCUGGCGCAAUCUCAAGACAGGCUUGAAGCUAACAAUAUUACGUUUGACAUUUUGACGGUACACCCUGAUGGGCUUACUCUUAAACGAGGAGAUUGGUGGCCUCGCGAUGAAGAACAAAAGUUGAAUAUAAAUGAACUCAACAGAGUGGACUAUUGCAAAUCUACGGACAACCUACUUGUAUUAGACUAUAAAUUUCCCGAGUCGAAUAAAAGAAGAAUAUGUCUGUUUGCAGCUGACACUCCGGAAGAACGUAAGCUGUUAGUUAAGCAAAUAAAAGAUUUGAAAACACAAAGGAAUAUGAGCCCAUGCACCGACUCAGCGUCUGAAAAUCAGAGAAAGAACACAAUGUCUCAAGAGUUGAGUGGUGAGGAUUACAAUGUACCAAUUUCCCGCGAACAGCACAGUGACAAAAUACCUACCAGUAUGUCAAAAACUUGCCGGGCUUCUCCUGAUAAGAAAAGAGAAAAUCAAAAGGAUUCUCCCAAAAUUCUCAAGUGUGAGAAAAUCGGUCGCGAGCCGAAUGGUCCUCAGGAUUUUCCCAAGCGGUCCAUUUAUCAAUUUCCUCUGGAUCAUGUGGAUGCUUUCAGCGUAGAUGCUGAAGAAAUACUGGACCCUCAAAAGAUCGAGGACUAUUUGUCAAGAAAGCGGCAAGUUACAUCAGGAGAGAUGGUAAUUAUGGAGAUCGAUAGUGAUGGAAUAAAGUUGGAUAAGGGUUUAUGGUGGUCUGAAAACCCACGAGUACUGAAACGAACUCAAUCCGGCAUUCACGCCAUAUUUCCGUUACCGUCGGACGAUAAGCUGUGGGCUUUAGCUUACUUCACAUUCGAUUUAAGACUUAAACGAGUGCAUAUAUUUCGCUCAUUUUCACUCGAAGAUCGCAACAAAACCAUCGCAACAUUGAGGAAUUACGUCAACCCUGAUAUUUCAGCCAUUAUUAAUUUAGCUCGAGAACUCGGUCUGAGGCAGAACGGUCUUGAUGGGCAUUAUGUCACUUCUUGUGCGGUUAAAGUUGGUCAGCAAGGUGGCCAUGAGAAAAUACUGACGGCAAACUCUACUGGGCGAAAUAAAGAAAUCGUGCUAUCUCCUAGAAAUACGCCUAUCAAAAGUACUCCAUCUAUACAUCACCAAAUGGAGCGGUACGACAAGGUGGAUGUAAAAGAUACAAUUGAUCUCCAAUUUGACGAAGAGGACGACGAAAGUGAGCCUGUUUAUCUUAUGAUACACUUGACACCAUCUCCCACGUCGCCCAACGUUUUACGCAUAUCCUCAAAACCUUUAACGACGCGUAGCACUGAAACUUUAUCCAACGGACGUAAAUUGGAGGGGCAGUAUGCCGGACGAGGUCAACGAAAACCUGCCAGCAACUUUUCGAUGAACACGGAUUUAAACAAUAUUGAGGGUAUUGAACGCUUGUUACAAAAGGCAGAACCUUGGUCAGCAGAAUAUGACAACCUAGUCGCGAAUGCAGCACGACAGCAUAUGCUCCAGGAACACGACUGA